GCCACCCCAGAGCAGUGGUCCUUACACCUCCUUCCUUGCGAGGAGUCCAGAUCAGGGUGCUGGCCAUGUCCCAGCUGGUGGAAUGUGUCCCCAACUUCUCCGAGGGGAACAACAAAGAGGUCAUCGAUGCCAUAUCAGCGGCCAUCACGCAGACCCCGGGCUGUGUGCUGCUGGACGUGGAUGCAGGUCCAUCCACCAACCGCACUGUUUACACCUUUGUGGGGCAGCCGGAGAGUGUGGUUAAGGGUGCACUCAAUGCUGCCCACACAGCCUGGCAGCUCAUCGACAUGAGCAGGCACCGAGGGGAGCACCCUCGCAUGGGUGCUCUGGAUGUCUGCCCCUUCAUCCCAGUGAGGGGUGUCAGCAUGGAGGACUGCGUGCUCUGUGCCAAGGCCUUUGGCCAGCGGCUGGCAGAGGAGCUCAACGUGCCCGUGUACCUGUAUGGUGAGGCAGCACAGAUGGCCAGUCGUCGCACCUUGCCAGCCAUCCGGGCAGGAGAGUACGAGGGGCUGCCUGAGAAGCUCAAGCAGGCUGAAUGGGCCCCCGACUUUGGCCCUAGCAACUUUGUCCCCAGCUGGGGAGCCACUGUCACAGGGGCGCGAAAGUUCCUCAUUGCCUUCAAUAUCAAUUUGCUGGCCACCAAGGAGCAGGCCCACCGCAUUGCCCUUAACCUGCGAGAGCAGGGUCGUGGGAAGGAGCAGCCAGGCCGUCUGAAGAAGGUGCAGGGCAUAGGCUGGUACCUGGAAGAGAAGAACCUGGCUCAGGUGUCCAUGAACCUCCUGGACUUUGAGGUCAUGGGGCUGCACACAGUCUUCGAGGAGACCUGCAGGGAAGCGCAGGAGCUGAGCCUUCCUGUAGUGGGCUCGCAGCUGGUGGGCCUGGUGCCCCUGCAGGCCCUGCUGGAUGCUGCCGCCUUCUACUGCCACAGGGAAAACCUGUUCGUGUUGGAGGAGGAGCACCGGAUCAGGCUGGUGGUAAGCAGGCUGGGCCUGGACUCCCUGGUGCCCUUCAAUCCCAGAGAGCGUGUCAUUGAGUACUUAGUCCCUGACAACACAGGUCAGAGCUUGCUGGACUCGUCCCUCCAUAACUUUGUCCAUGAGGUGGCUGCACGCUCAGCAGCCCCGGGUGGUGGCUCAGUGGCAGCAGCUGCUGGUGCCAUGGGUGCUGCGCUGGCCUGCAUGGCUGGCCAGAUGACCUAUGGGCGCCGCCGCUUUGAACACCUGGAUGCAGCCAUGAGGCGGCUGAUCCCACCCUUCCACAAGGCAGUGGCCCGGCUGGCCUCUCUGGUGGACGCUGAUGCCCAGGCCUUUGCUGCCUGCCUGGAGGCGAUGAGACUGCCCAGAAACACGCCUGAGGAGGGGAAUAGACGUGCAGCUGCCCUGCAGGAGGGACUGAGGCAGGCAGUCAAAGUGCCCCUGGAGUUGGCGGAGACGGUGUCCCUGCUGUGGCCAAUGCUGCGGGAGCUGGCCCUCUGUGGGAACCUGGCUUGCCGCUCUGACAUGCAGGUAGCGGCCAAAGCCUUGGAGACAAGCGUGUUUGGUGCAUACUUCAAUGUGCUCACCAACCUGCAGGACGUGGUUGACGAGGCAUUCAGGGACCAGAUUCACCAACGCAUCUCCAGCCUCCUACAGGAAGCCAAGACCCAGGCUGCGCAGGUGCUGGAGAGCCUGGAAGCACGGCGGGCAUGACAGCUGGCAAGAGUGACAAAUAGCAGGAUCUUCUUGUCCAAUGAGGCCCCCAUCCCUAUAGAAAUGGGACCACCACUGCAUAUCCCCUGUGGUCAGAGGCUAUGAAUGGAGAACAGGGUGGGGUUUGAGGCAGGGACAGCAUGUCACCCUCAGUCACCUGUGACCCCCAGUAAAAUCUGAACACUUGA